AUGUGCUGGCGCUCUCAUCUAGAAUCCAAAGCCAGUAGGCUGAGGUGCGAAGCCGUUCGUCUGGCCGUAAGGCGCGGGAGGUGCGCCACCCAUACCGCCGGGGCCGGCAGUGAUCAUGAGGCGGUUGCCGCCGAGGAUGGGAGUGUUGGUCUCAUCCUUCUCCUGCUCCUUCUCCUUGCUCUUGCGAGCCUCGUUGUCGGCCUUGAGGGCCGCGAGGUCCUUGGUCUGCUGGCACAACAUGUUGAUCAUGUACGGCAUGGCAAAGUCCGUAAGGCCGUUGCGCCAAGAGAUUUCGAGAACCAAGUCAGGACGGAUGAGGUCAUAGCAGGCAUAAAGCAUGCCGACGUAGCAUUCGCGGCUGCCAAUGUCGACAAACUGUCUUUUGUAUGGGUCAAGACAUUGAGGGUUACUUACGUAGCGGAGCAAGUCCUCCACGACAUCGGUCUUGCCAGAGAUGGCAGCAGUCUCGAUGGCGUCCUUGAAGAGCUUGUCCUGCUUGGAGAGAGCAAUGGACUUCUCCCAGCGCUUGUUCUUGCGGUAGAUGCUGGCUGCAAUCUGGCGGAAGAAGAUCAAGUCGUGCUUCUCCAGACGAGAGGCAAGGUCAACAGGAUCGUAGUUGUCGUAGUUCUCAACAGAGUCGCGGAGCGUCUUGUAGUCCUCCUCCUCGAUCAAAAGGUCGUUGAUAGCAUUGUUGACCGUGCGCUUGUUUUGGCCCUGCACGUUGACGAGGAAAGGCUUGAUGAGCGGCAGGUUGUCGCUCUUCUCGAACAUCUUGACCACACGGUUCACAUCGAUGCGAGGAGUGAGCGCCUGGAGCAGGUCCGUAAGCAGGGAAGGGUGCUGCUCAAGGUAGAAGUUGAUGGCGCGGUAGUAGAUCUCCAAGUUGGCGACCUUGACAACAAUCUCCUUGAACUGCUGGUGCUCCCAGGAGUUCUCGGGGCGCUCAAUGACCGCCAGAGCGGCGUUAUCAAACUCAUCGUAGUGGUAGUAGCAGAAAACCAGCUCGGGCCAGAGGUUCGCCUCCUCGCAGGCACGGAUGAUCUUGGGCAGGUUCAUUCUGCUCCAGAAGAGCUUCAAGUGCUCCAUGAGACGCUCAGGGUGAGCAAUACCGAGCUCCGUGAACAUACCCAUGUGGGCACGCUCGAGGCCAAGACCCUGCUCCAACAGGCCAAUAAGCUCAUCGAAGUAGCCGUUGCGCUCAUACUGCUUGACGAGGGUCUGCAGCUGCUCAGCAUCGACGAUGAGGUUGAGACCGCAGAUCUGGGCAAGACGGAACUCCUUCUUCUCCACGCAGGCCUCGUGGACCUGCUUCCAGACCUUAAUGUUGUUGGCCUUACGGGCGCACUCGACAGCAGCCUGGUACUCCUCGAGGUGGACGAGGGUGGUAGCCAGCUUGGCCCAGUUGGAGAUGCUGGUGUAGAAGAUCUUGGAGGCCUGGUAGAGACCCUCCUCCUCGCCAAGCUCGUCCAUACGGGCGUAGCAGAAAGCGAGAGCAGUGUCGAUGGCGGGCUCGCGCAGCGUCUUCCUGGCCAUGCGCAAGUACUUGACGAGAUCCUCGUCCUUGCCAGCGCGGACAGCGGUCUCAAUGACCUCCUCGUAGUUCUUGGGGUCCUCAGCCUUGAUGUAAGACUCGAUGGAGUCGCUAACACGGAGACCGUCAAGCUGGGCUUUGGCCACCUUGCUCCAGACUUCGGGCAGGUCGACCUCCUCGGCGUAAGCCUGGGCACGGUCGAUGCUCACAACGUUCUCAACCAGGACGUUAACAGCGGACGUCUUGUCGCCAGUCUUCUUAAAGAUCUCGAAGGCCUCCUCGUGGAGACCGACUUCGAUACAGGCGGACGCGAUGUCGGGAGCGCUGAAGUUGUCCAGACGGUGGAUGUAGUCCAUAACCUUACCCUUGUCGGCCUUGGCAGCGGUGAACAGAAGCAAGUUCUGAAGGUUGGCGUUGUCGCUGAAAGGCGAAGGCUCAAGGACGAUCUUCUCAAGCAGCUCAAUAAGCUCGAGAGGGAGAUCGCAGGCGAGGAAGGCGGCGACAGCCUCGGAGACCUUGGCAGGGUCGGUAGACUCAGGAACGGCGGUGGCAGUCACCUGGUCAAUCACGGAGCGGCGGUGGAUGUUGUUCUCGCUGAGAACAAAGGUCCACAGCUCGCGGUCAGCCCGCUCAAGCAGGUAGCGAGCCUGGUUGCGGUACAUGCCGUUCUCAUUCUAUUUGCCGACGGCGAGAGUGUCAUACUGGUCGUUCUCCUUGAGGAACUUCUCAGGGUUGUUGUUCGAGUCGAUGUAAAUCUUGGCGAGAGCGUUGAAGACGGCCUGCUGCUGGUUGCCGGCAGCAAGGGUGGCCUCGAGGAAGGGCAGGAGAAGCUUGAGACGGUUGCGCGUCUCAACCUCAGAGACGAGCUCAUCGAUGGGGAUCGAGGCGGGGUUUACAGUCGACAACAGGUUCUUGAUGAUGCUCUCGUCGCAGUCGACAUCCAGGAGACCACCAAUGACGGCAGGCGUUCGGCUGGGGUUGACACGCUGGACGUAAGUCUCGAUGGACUGGAACUGCUGCUGCUGGUAAAGGUAGAGAACCAAGUCGUGGACGAAGUUGAAUCGGUCGCAAACGAUGAUGAGGGGCAACUGCUCCUGAAGUCUGGCCUCCUUCAGGAAGUUCUUGACCUUCUCGGCGUUGUAGUAGUUGCUGUCUCUGCAAAUGCGCUCAACCUCGUUGAACUGGCCCAUCUUGGUGGCAGCCUCGAUGUACUUGAAGUGAACGUCGGGGUCCUCGGAAAGGUUGACGAUGCUGCCGAGGUAGUAGAAGAGACCCUCGGCAGUCUUGUACUUCUCGAAAAGGUCAAUCAGGCGGACCGGACCAAGCAAAUCGGAGUACUUGGUCGCGACUUGGACUACGGCCUGGAGAUUCUGGCGGAUGUUGUGCUUGAUCAUCGCGUCCAAGCAGUCCAGGGACUGCUCAACGGACAGCUUGCCGAAGAAACCGGUCAACCAGUCAAGGUUGAAGUUGGGGGUGGCAGCAAUGUUGACUACAACACGCUUGACCGCCGCGGGGUCCUCGUAGAGCUCCAGGGCCUUCUGGGCCAAGCCAGCCUGUUCACAGAGAGUCGCAAUGCGAGUCUUGUCGAAGUGGGAGAACAUGUCGUUUCCAAGAAUGGCAUCGGCAACCUGGGGCGCAUUCAUCAAGUUCAUCUCGAGGAGACGAGUCUGAAGGUGACCCUGGUCAGGUCUGUUGUCCUUGAGCGCAUCCAAGAGGAAGGCAGUUGCCUGCUGGAUCAUGCCCUGGGACUGGAAAAUGUCGACGACUCUCUCAAUGUCAACCAAAGAACCGCCCUCGUUGUUGGCCAAAGCCGUAGCGAACUCCGCUCCCUUCUCCGGGUUGACACGAACAAUGUGCUGGAGAAGCUGAACGUAGUCGGGCUGGUAGCCAACCUGGGAGGCGUAGGGCAGGAUCUUAUCGAACUGGCCAGUCUCAGCAAAGCCAGCAACGACCUUGUGGGGAACGUUGGCCUUAAUGUACAUGGCAAGGGCCAUGUUCAAGUCGUGGGGCCGCACAAGGUCACCGAGCCUCUCCGAUGGCGUGAGCUUGUUCUCCUUCUGCCACUUCUCGAGCAGGUUGAGACGGUUCUGGGCAAGAACAGGCUGAGCCAGUUCAAUUGA